GUUAUGCAGUACCUUAUUGUCAUGGCGCAUGUUGGGGCAAGAUACAUGCUCCUGAACAAAGAGUUGCAAGGGAUUGUAUCAGAAAUUCAGUUCCUUAAUCCCAAACGCAUUGGGGUUUUUGUGACCUCGUGCUGCAGCCUGGCCGAUCGCCUUGAAAAGGUGGCUAAAUCCCAAUCGGACUUACAUGCGUUUUUGGAUCGUUUGACCAGAGUCUACGAUGUUCAGAUUGUUUGCCAAACUUUCAUUUUCUUUUCAACUCUGGUGGCGAACUUAUAUUUUUUUCUAAGCAUAAAUAAAUACGAUAUAAUAUCACAGAUGUCCCUAGAGUUCAUAACGUUUAUCCACAAAGCUUUUAUUGUAUUUUACAUCGUCGAUUUCUGGAUAAGCGCAUCCAAUAUAUUUUCCCUGCUGGAUGCCCACGAAGAGAUGGUCCAACUGCUGGGUCAACGGACUUCACUUCAAGCUUUGGACCCCAGAUUAGAGGCAGUUUUCGAUAGCUUCAAUCUGAACUUGGCCCGAAAUCCAUUCAAGCUUCGAUUCCUCGGUUUAUUUAAAGUGGAUCGAUUUGCAUUGUUUGCACUGAUCAACUCAAUUUUAUUCCACACAAUAGUACUUGUUCAAAUGGAAUUUGAAAACAUCUAAAGAAAACUCGAAACUCAAAAUAACUAUGACUAU